AUUACGAUAGUUAACGUUUUUAAGUAACAUGCGUCUCUUACUGUUCUUCUCUUCUGUAUUAGUCAUUAAUGUAUUGCUCAAUCUUUUAAAUAACCUUGUUACUACAGCUGUUGGAUGUUUCCCGAGUUUAAGGAUAAUUGGAGGUAGAACGUCAGAGCCGGGUAAAUGGCCUUGGAUUAUAGCAUUAGAUAUUGAAAAUAAUGGGAAAAAAGUGUUUUGCGGUGGAUCGUUAGUAACAGAAAGCUGGGUUUUAACGGCUGCUCAUUGCGUAAAAGGAAUACCAUAUCAACCUUAUGCACGCGUUGGGGCGUUUAAUACUUCGGAUAAUGACGAAAUACAAAGGAUUAAAGUCCAAAGAAUUAUUAUUCAUGAGAAUUAUACUGGCAACCGUCAAAAUGGAAAUGAUUUGGCCCUAUUAGAGCUCAGCGAACCAGCAAAUGUUAGUCAUUCUUUCAUAGAACCAAUUUUAUUGGCGAAUGCCAAAGAAAGAACGGACAUCCAAUGCUAUAUUGUUGGUUGGGGUCGUUUUAACCUUGAAGAAAGGCUUUAUAGCGACGUCCUACUUGAAAGAAAAAUAGAUUUAUUAAACAACACGGAAUGUCAGAGACGGUGGAAUGAUUCCUUAUUUAGGCCACGUGUAAAUCAAUCCAACAUUUGCGUUGAUGACGAAAAUGGGUCUGUCAGCUCAUGUGAUGGAGAUUCCGGUAGUCCUCUACACUGUUGGAAUGGUGGCUCUUGGAGAUUAUAUGGAGUGGCAUCGUGGGGUUCUAGAGCUUGUUACCAUUAUCCAGCAGUCUAUUCGCGAAUUUCUUGGUUUGCAAAUUGGGUAUAUGGAACGCUGAUAAAAUAUUCUGAAUGA